AUGCUUCCAACACCAGAAGAUAUAGAAGAGUAUAUCAUGACGCUCAAUGAGUAUCUACACUCACUCCCAGGACAUGCCCAAGCGGUGUAUCAGCAUAUUCUAUCUGAUCUCCAGAGACACGGGUUUACAACAUGGCCGAGCACAGUCACAGUCCCAGGAUUAGGAACAUUUGACAUACCAGCACCUUCUCCACCUAUUACUGCCAUCACUCCACCGCCAGAAGAGAUUCCAUGGUACCGACUCGGCUUCAUUGAUGACGAAGUCACUCGGCGACGGGUUGCAAUAGCUGGUGGCAUAAUUGGUGUUGGUUUGGGUGCUGGAUAUGGCGCUUGGCUUUACUGGACUCUCAACGAUCAGAAAAGAGCAGGCGUCAGGCGCCGCAAGGAAAGCAAUGAAAAACUCAAGCUCAGGAAGGAGGUAGUGGUUGUAUUAGGUGGAGAUACGCUCAUUGGGCCGGCCUUAGUUCAUGCACUCGAGAAGAAGGGCUACGUCGUAAUUGCCAGUGUGUCUACCCUUGAUGGUGUGGAUAUACUGGAGAAAAAGAGCAAGGGAUGCGUCAAGGCACUGGUGCUAAAUCCAAAAGAGCCUGCAUCUGUUCCGUAUUUCCUGCGUUCAUUAAACGCUGCCUUAUCCCUUCGAUAUCCUCUAAACACGCCUGGUGAUCCCUAUCUUCCGACUGGGACUUCUCCUUCCUCCACUUCGCAACGGGGAGCCCCUUCACCACCAUCUGCAAACAUACUCACCACUUUCAUCUCCCUACUCUCGCUAUCUCCCACGGUCCUUUCGGCCCAGCAAACUCCGAUCCCUUUAGAGAGGCUAGACCUAUCGUCUGCUCUGCUGCCGAUGAUAUACGAGGCUCAUAUUACCCCAUUGGCUGUACUACAGGGGAUAUUGCCCCUUUUCCGUGUUUCUACUGGACGUCAAGGGCUUGGAUCUGGUAGAAGCUCGAAGCUCGGUCAAUGCACGCCGACCGUGAUGUUCCUUGUGCCAGCCAUUGCAAGUCUUGUGGGAGUUGCGUUCGAUGGAGCAAGGGCGAUGGCGAUUGGUGGACUUGUCAAAGGCAUAGACGUCCUCCGAAGAGAGAUCGGCGCAACGACAAAUGUGAUUCUCGUGGAUGUGGGCGCCGUCGUGGAUCCUGUGGUCGAAUCCUCGAAGAAAGAGGAGGAAAUUGAUGUGGUUGCUCUUACCAAUGCGUGGUCGGCGAGCGAGAGGCGAGCCUAUGGACCCGAGUAUGAAGCUGCACUAGUUCGUGUAUUUCCUACAGCAAAGGUAUCAGAUGAGACUUCAAGCGUCUCAAAGCGCCGCAAGAAAGCAUCACCACGACCACCGCGUCAGCCCACAGACGUGGAUGCCUUACUUGCAACAAUACUUCCACUUAUUCCCUCCUAUUCAUAUCGCUCAUAUCCUACCACUUCGCCCACACUUCUCUCCUAUCUGAACCCCGGUCAGCCACUCCUCCGUACUUGGCGCCGAUUCCAUCUCUACCUCCGGGGAUACAGAAUCAGUGUCGGGGCCGGUGCAGGAACCUAUGCCAUCGCAAGCUGGUUUCUUCCUCUUUGGGCUCUCGACGAAGUUCUCGAUCUGCCUCAACGUCUUCUCCGUUGGCGGCGAGCACUUGGCCAUCCAUCAGCUUACGACACCUCAAACGCUUCCAAAGACACUGUAAAGCGAGGAAAAGGAAGACAGGGUGGUCAAUUUGAAGACGAUAGGCCUAUUUCUACCGCACCUGCCUCGUCAGUAAGUGCUGGUGGAGACAGUCGACGCGAGAGUGUAGGAAGCUUCGAGGGUAUCAGUUUAUCCGGUCUCCCAGAGGCUAGCAAUGCCAACCUAGAGUCGUAUGUUGACGCAUCAGGAGACGAGGACGCCUCUCGUCCCCCUGCAGAAGACGAACGCAGCGACAAGACAGAACAUGACGAGUCUUCUCUGGGUGUACAGUCGUCGGAAAGACAGUCUCAAACUCCACUUAUUGUGUCUGGAAGCUUGCCAUCGUCAGGAGUGUCUGUGGCGGAUAGCUGGGUUAGUGUAGGGCAGAGUCACUAG